AUGUGGCAGAGUGGAGGCACCAGGUACCUGCAGAAUUAUAAUGUCUUCCAAUUGCUUGGUAAAGGCGCCUUUGGAUCCGUCUACUGAGCAAAAUCCAUCAAGAGUGGUGUGGAGUAUGUGAUCAAAAUGAUUAACAAGGAGUCACUGCGAGAAAAUGUCAAGCGUGUGAAAAGUGAGGUGGAGAUUCACCGCCGUUUAAACAAUCCUUCCAUACUUCAGCUGUACUCCUACUUUGAAGACAAUACCCAUGUCUACCUGGUGUUGGAGAUGUGUCACAACGGAGCGAUGGCCCACUACAUGAAAGGCAGCAAGAGGCGUUUUUCUGAGAUGGAAGCGAGACACUUCAUGCAUCAACUAGUGAAUGGAAUGCUGUACUUACACUCUCACGGUAUCUUGCACCGAGACCUGUCCUUGUCCAACUUGUUGCUGACCAAAGACAUGGACAUUAAGAUCGCAGACUUUGGCCUGGCCACUCAGCUCAAACUCCCUGAUGAGAAGCACUUAACCAUGUGUGGGACGCCCGACUACGUCUCCCCUCAGGUGGCCACACGCAGCGCUUACGGCCUGGAGACUGACGUUUGGUCUCUGGGCUGCAUGUUCUAUGCCUUCCUCAUGGGCCGCCCCCCAUUUGACAGUGACACGGUCCCACACACGUUCUCUAAAGUAGCCCUUGUGGAAUAUGAAAUUCCCACUCAUGUUUCUUGUGAGGCUCGGGAUCUGAUCCGUCAGCUGCUGCAAAAAGAUCCCUCUCGUCGGCCCAGCCUGUCUGCAGUGCUGGACCACCCGUUUAUGACCCAGAGCUUGCUGGGCAGGACCAAGAAGCUGGGCCUGGUCGAUGAUUGCACCGUGGAUAGUGGCGUUGCUACUUUCUCCACUGCCUGUACCUCCUCCACGUCGGGCAGCAGUUGUACCCACAGACCUGCAGCUCACUUUCAGCCUCCUCACUGCUCCUUGUCCCAAACAUCAUCAUCAUCACAGCUCCCCUCAGCCAAAGCCAGCAUGGACAAGGAGAAGAAGACUCUGAGAGAUCUGGUCCUGCCUCUGUGUACCUCCAGGCUGAAGCCUAUCAGACUGCAAACUAAAAAUAAUGCCAUUGUGAGCAUCUUGGACAAAGGCGAGGUUUCCAUAGAGCUCUUGUGCCAAAAUGGACAGGACAGGGUUAAAGAAGUCCUUUCGAUUUCUUCUGAUGGCUCAACUGUGACAGUUUACCAGCCCAAUGAAGGGAAAGGGCUGGGAGGGAAAGGGCCUCCGCCCCCCCCCAAAAGAUACUUUUGUUUUCAGCUAUGAUGAGCUUUCCGG